UGUCUCUGUCUCUGUCUCUCUCUCCAUAAAUGGGAAGGAAGCAAGGGAGCCCAAGAAUCCACACCUUACUACCAACCUCCCACUACACAUGAACCCCAUCAAAAUUUAAUGCCACACUCUUUCUUUUCUUUCUUUUUCUUGAAAAUUAAAUGCUUUGCACCUCCCCAACCAUCUGCCAACCAAGCCCCAAGCCCUCCCCCUUCAAUGCUCUCUUCAACUCUGUCUCUUUAUAUAUUUGUGUAGCCAGCCACCUGUCUUUCAUGAUAAGUACUUUGGCUUCUUCAUUUCCUUUGUGGGGUUGUAGCUGCAAUUGCUUCCUUCUUCUUCUUUCUUGUUGCUUGCUUUGGCUCUAAUGGCUCCAGCUUCUGCUUUCAAUGAAUAUUCAAGGACUGUUUGUGUAAUGGAUGCUUCUGGGAGUUUGGGCACCACUCUUGUUCACAGGCUUUUGCAGAGAGGAUACAAUGUCCAUGCUGCUGUCCAAAACCAUGGUAAAUUGGAAUAUUUUGAGGAGUUGUCUUCUUGCAAUAGCAAGAAAUUGAGAGUUUUUUAUUCUGAUCCCUUUGAUUACCACAGCAUAAUGGAUGCACUAAAGGGUUGCUCUGGCUUGUUCUAUUCCUUUGAACCUCCAUCAGAUCAACCCAACUAUGAUGAAUUUAUGGCUGAUGUAGAGGUAAGGGCAGCACAUAAUGUCGUAGAAGCAUGUGCUCAAACAGAAACCAUACACAAAGUUGUCUUCACCUCCUCGGUUACUGCUGUUCUAUGGAGUAAUGAUCGGAAUAAGACUUCUGAUGAUCUGGAUGAGAGAAAUUGGAGUGACAUUAAUUUUUGCCGGAAGUUCAAGUUAUGGCAUGCAAUGUCAAAGGCACUAGCAGAGAAGACAGCUUGGGCCUUAGCAAUGGACCGAGAAAUCAACAUGGUGAGCAUCAAUGGAGGGCUCAUCAUGAGUCCUGAUAUAACAAUUGCAAAUCCUUAUUUGAAAGGAGCAGCUGAGAUGUAUGAAGAUGGGGUCUUCGUCACUGUGGAUCUAAGUUUCAUUGUUGAUGCACACAUUUGUGUUUUUGAAGACGUUGCAUCAUAUGGAAGAUAUCUAUGCUUCAACCAUGUCAUCAAUCGCAACGAAGAUGCUGUUAAACUUGCCCGUAUCUUAUUACCACCCUCUGAAUCUCCCCAUCCUAAAAGAUAUCUCUGGGCUAGCAGUUUUGAAGAUACAAGUGUGCAUCAGCAGAGGAUAAGCAACAAGAAACUGAACAAACUGAUGGUGGAUUUUGACAGUGAGGUUCAAAUAGAUUGAUUUGCAGCAUAGAAAAAAGAAAUAUCAAAAUUUUUUUUUUUGGGUAAUCUUUAGGUCAAAUUGAUGUCUGAAGUGUUCUUUCAUUAUUUGAAUACUUCUUCUAGGGUUUGCUCACUGCCCAGCAAGGCAUCCAACUGUACAAAUUGCAGUUGUCUGUUUAUCUACAUAUGCUGUUUACAUGGAAACACUCAAUUGAGAGUUAUUUUCAA